AUGUUCCGACAAAUGACUUACCUCUUGAGAUCAAACAAUGUCUCAUCACAAACGAUAGCUAAAUACCAGAACUAUGUAAUGUCCGAAGCUUUGGCGCAUCUCGAAAGGGAAUGUGAGAAAUACUGUCCAGUACCAAGAUUUCCACCUAAAAAAGUAACCGUCGUCGGCGCUGGUAGUGACGUGGGUUGUGUGGCGUCACUGUUCUUAAAACAGGAGAAGCUUAUUAAGACACUAGCCUUGUAUGAUGAUGACCCAAAUAACAAAGUCCUUGGUAUGGCUACAGACGUUGCUCACAUAGACACCAGCACAGAGAUAGAAGCCUAUCAAGGACGAGCCUUUCUAAAAACAGCCCUAUGGGACGCAGAUGUAGUUCUCAUCUGCGGCGGUCACUACGUGAUGCCGCCGUGUUGCAAUAUUGAAGACAGAGAAUUAUUUUUCGAGAACCUCCAACAUGUGCGAACAGUGACCAUAGCCUGCGCUGAAUUUUGUCCCCACGCUGUAAUAGCCAUCCAAACUCCUCCUGUAGAUUGCAACUUUGCGCUAUGUAUACAUACUUUGCAACUAGCUCGGGUUUACGAUAAGCGCAAGGUUCUUGGCGUGAACGCUAUAAACUCUAUGAGGGCCAACCAGUUGUUCUGCUCCAUAACUGGAUCUGAUCCAUCCACCAGGUCGACUCCCGUCAUCUGUGGGACCGGCCGAUGUACGAGGGUCCCUGUGUUCUCCGCUGGUAAUGCUAGCAAUUUUCCACAGACUCAGGUUGAUUGUCUGACACGUCUUGUGAGAGAAGCGGACGACAUCAUCUGUAAAGUGAAGAGUAACAGUGAACAGGGUCAUCUUUCUAUGGGCUUCGCUACCGCUAGAUUUGUUGUCAAUAUUAUGAAAGGACUCUUCGAAAAACCAACGUUUAUCGAUAGCGCGCUAGUAGAACAGGCGCAUCCUGAAAAAUGUUACAACAUGCCGAUUUGUGCGACGCCCGUGACUGUUGGUAAGAACGGGAUCCAGGAGUACGCGGUGCCCAACCUGAACGAAGCAGAGACGAGGCUCCUAGAGGACAGCAAAUGUGAUUUGGAAGACAUGUUAAAUCUUGGCCGCUGCCACGCUGUUGGUGAUGAAUACUUCGUCCAUCCAUCAAAAAUAUGUCCAGGGUGUUACUGUACACCCUGUAGAGUUUGCGAGCCUUGCAGGAGAAAAAGACAAGAAACUUAA